AUGUCCCAAUACGCCAAAUUGAAGAACGAUGAGCUUCAGACAAUGCUCAGGGAGCGUGGUCUACCGACUACGGGCAAGAAAGCAGAUAUGGUGGACCGUCUCAGCAAGGAUGAUGAACAGAAAGCCUCUGAUGCUGCGCCUGCGCCUGCGCCUUCGAACGCGCAUCCUGAAGACGAGAUUGACUGGGAUGAUGGCGAUGAUGCCGCGAAACAAGAAGAGAAUCCAGACAAGGAGACGGAAUCUAAGGAGCCCGCUGUCACCACCCAGUCAGAGACCGUCGCUAAAGCAGGUGGCACUGGGCAGCCGCCGAAUCCGCAGGCCGUACCCAAUCAGAAAGUCGACAUCGAUCCCUCGAAGACUGACGAUCUUUCGGUAAAGCCGGCUGGCGAAGAGGCGGAGGGCGGCGUCGAAGCAAAUGCGGAAGAGGACAAGGAGCCCGCUCCGAGCUAUGCAGCGGGCAUCGCUGCGACCGACCUCGAUGCCGAGAUUGAGAAGCGCAAAAAGCGCGCUGCGAAGUUUGGCAUGAAGAUCGAGGACGACGAGACCCUCAAGAAGUUGGAGCGCGCAAAGAAGUUUGGCGAGGCUGGAGCACUUAAGGGUCUCGACGAGGCUCUUCCCGAGCGCAAAGAGCGAGAGCGAAAGCGAGGACGUGAGGACAACGAGGAUGGCGGCAGGAACAAACGCCGUGGCGGCGGACGCGCUGGCGGAAACCGAGGAGGCAAUCGCGAAGGUGACAGGAGACGGGACAACCGAGAUAACCGAGACAACAGGAGAGAUGACAGGCGCAUCGACAAUGGGUCCAAUUGGAUGAGCACUGCAGACCGAGAGCGGGCAGACGCACGCAAGGCAAAGUGGACGAAGCCGGCAUCUAGCUCUUGA